CUUGAGCAGGGCGCAGGGGUUCAGGGGCUCACUAUGCCGCGGGUAGGCAUUGCCUGAAGAAACGUCGCUGCUCCGGGACCACACCUAUCUGUUUUCCCUUUCUUAUACUGAGAGAGGGAAGAAACGGAACUACUUAUAUCCCAUCUGUUCCCCCUUUGCAUAUUACUACUACUGCUAUCGAUACCGUCUCAUCUACAGGCGGAGGAUGGUGCCUUUCCAAGGGAGUAUCACCAUGACCGAGCGCGAGAGCCUGACACUCAGACCUCGCUACUGCCUCCAAUGUUCCUGAGUCCUUGGGAGGCGGCUCGCCCGGCCAAGGAGCUAACCAGGGAGAGCUGAAAGAGUUGUACAAGGCUGGGAACCUGACCGUGUUUGCCGGCGACCUUCUGCUCCCUGGUCUCCCUGUCCAGCUGGACUUCCAUUUCCAACUCGGGCCCCACGGCUCCGUUCACUGGCACGGACUCCUAACCGACAGCAAGCUUUUCCUGGACACGCCCCGCGGUGCCCUGGAUCAAAAUAACCGUGAAAGCCUGACGGCGACGCUGGACUACGUGGAGGAAAAGACGGCCGUGAACCUCGUGUUUGUCAACUUCCAGCCGACUCGCAGCGAUCGUGGAGACUUGUUGCGAGCAUUCAGCUACUUGGGCUUUGAGGUUGUCAGACCCGAUCAUCCCUUGCUGCCACCGUGGGAGGAUGUUAUCUUCAUGGUUUACCAGAUGGAGCGCGACUGCUGUCCAGAGCUGGCAUGAGAGUCCCUGAAGCUGGGCACACUGCCCA